CACACACACACACACAGUCGCACAUUCACAUUUACAUCGGCUCCCCUGUUGUACUUUUUCUGGAAUAGUGGAUUACUUUCCAAAUCGAACCACCCAGAGAGCAAAAUCCAGGCAUGAUCAGGUGGCAGUGUGUCGGAGCGGUGUUGAACUGUGAAAUGAACCAUGGAGGGGUGCAGGAGGCCAGUCACUAGCCGAGCCAGCAGCCGCACAGCCACCAGCAGCAGGAGAAGCAGUAGCCCAGGGAGGCCCCGCAGCAUGCAGCUGGGCCCUCACUAGCACCAAGUGGACCUGGUCCUCUCCUCUUCAUCUGGGGCCAGGGCUGCAGAAUGCUCAGUCCAGUCACCCCAUACAGUCUGUUGAAGAUGCACUGGUCUCCGGAGCACGCCGCCCCCUUAUCUCAGUGGCCUGAGCAGCACCUAGAUGUCACCUCUACCACCUCGCCGCCGUCUGCCCACAAACACGACCCCUACUCUGCAGCUGCCCGCCGCGGCUUUGCCCCUGCAGGAUACCCUUGGGCCAGUGAUGACAUAUCAGCCCUUACAGCUUCUUCUCUGCUCAAACGUUACGCUGAGAAGUACUCAGGCUUGGAGCUGUCCUAUGAACGCCCUGCAACCGGGGCCUACUCAGAGCCUGGGACUUUCCUAAAAACUGAAUCUGAGCCCUGGGCUCUGGGUCAGGGCAUGGACUGUUACCCUGGACUGGAGGCAUUAACUGGCGCCAAGUUGGGCUCUGCAUCUGUGGGCAUCCCAGCCACAGGAAGUGUGACAGUAGUGAGCAGUAACUUGACCUCUGAGCCAGGCUACAGUGGCACUGGUCCCUGCAGUGCCCCCUCAUCUCAGGAUUAUCCUCCUGCUUACAACAGCACCUACCUGUCCUCAGGAUACUGCCCUCAGCCCGGCGCAGCACUUCCCCCUGCCCCUCUACACUCUUUGCAGGCUGCACCAACUCUAGUGCCAAGCUACAGUGCCAGCGCUCCAGUCUACAACUACCCUCCAGGGUGCUACCCCCAAACCAGCCUGUCCUCUGGAUACAGCCACCCCAGUGCCUCCUACCUGCCCUCUGGGAUUAGUGCCCCCACUCCUCUGGCACCAAGGCCCACCAUGGUGGGGAGCAGUUACAGCUACCCAUCUCACAGCCUUGGGGGGGGCUCCGAGACUGGGGGGCCACUGAAACGCAAGGCCUUUGAGAUGGCAGAAGAAGAGCAGGAGGGAGCAGAAGUGGAGGGAUCACGCUACAGAAAGUACGGCAACGGCCACGGAAACAGUCACGGCAAAGGUCACGGCAACGGGCACAGCAAUGGCUACGACAUGAGCGGCUCGGCCUCAGACCCACAGGCCUUCAAACCUGGAAAGCCCCUGAUGUCACCCCCUUAUGGCGGGGCAAGGGACUACAGCCCACCGUCAGGCCUAGCAGGAGAAAGUGUGUCAGGUGAGCACAGCUUUCCUCAGCAACAGAGAAUGUCUAUGAAGAUACCUGCGUCGCACACACGAUCUGAGGACCCCAGUGGAGGACGCUGACCACCCUGAUCGACAUUUGACAGGAUUCUCUCACUCUUUGAUACCAACCAGGGUUCUUAAUCCAGACAAAUCUGGGAAAGUAAACUUGGAUUUGUCAAUGAAAGGUUUCAUUUCACUAGAGAACACAAGAGGGCACAAGACAGGUGUUUCUUGUGCAUUGUUAACAUUUUCAUUAUUCACGGUUUUCCAAAGAGUCAC